AUGGAUUCAGAUUUCAUUGAGAGGCUACAAAAAAUACAACUCACGGAAGAAGAGGGUGAAGUAGUCAAGAUAAACUUAGCCCACAGAGAGAAGACUAUUGAAGAAUGUUCACUCACACUGUUAGGCAGAUUCCUAACUAACAGACCAUACAACCAAAGAGCAGCAAAAUCACUACUACGAUCUGUGUGGAAGCUUGGAAAUGACUUGAGGAUCGUGGAUGUGGGGGAAGGGCUAUUUCAAUUUCGAUUUAAGCUGGAGAGCCAAUUAACUUGGGUAUUAGAAAAUGGCCCUUGGAGUUUUGACAACAAUCUUUUGGUUCUUCGACGAUGGGAGAGGGGUAUGACAGCAAACUCUGUCACUUUUCCAACCCUUCCUAUAUGGGUUCAAGUAUGGGGUUUACCUUUUGACUUGAUAAAUGAAGAAGCGGGGUGGGAAAUUGGCAAAGGGCUAGGUCAAGUGUAUGAGGUAGACAACAAAACUUUCCUAUCGGAUCAAGCUCUUUUCAUCAGAAUUCGAGUUGGGAUCCCUUUGGAAAAGCCGAUUCGUCGAGGUGGAUGGGUUGCAAAUCCUGAGGGAGACCAGGUGCAAGUUGGUUUCAAGUACGAACGGCUGGUGGGAUUAUGCUACCAAUGUGGUAAGCUCGGCCAUGAGAUGAAGGAUUGCUCAGUUCAGGGGUCCUCACAGCAAGCGGAAAAGCCAUAUGGAGAUUGGCUAAAGGCGGGCUUUCGCCGGAAGGACAUGGGAGCAGACCGGGCAAAAACCAAUGCGCCACCACCUGCACCGGCGCCAGAACCAUCACAGAGCCAUACGGUUGCAAUUAAUUCCCAUGAUGAGGUGGCGGGAAGUAUGGGAAUUAAUGACAAUCAUGAACGGACAGACAACGGCUCAGAAAUAAAUUGCCCGAAAUCUCAUGUAACGGUUUCUCAGAAAAUCCAGGUCAGUGAGGAAGUAAAUACAGAGCACUUAUGGGGAGCGAAAUUUUCGGAACCGGACAGCAUUAAUGGGGUGAGUAAUACGCAGAUGGGAAUAAGGGGAAUGGAGAUUACCGGUUUAGAGACAGCUGCCUUACAUGCGUUGAAUUCAACGCUCAUCAACGUGCCUAUCAAUUAUGAGAAACGGCAAACACAUGCUGACCAAUCAAUAUGCAUACAGCAGCCACGUGAGAAGUCAUCUGUUUUGGAAACGCAUGUGGAUGUACUCUCACACUUAGUGCGGGUAAAAGCUCCCAAAAUUUUGUUUCUAAUGGAAACAAAACGAUCCUUGGAGGAGAUGAGAUGGAUUCAGAAUGACUUACCCUAUCGAUGUAUGUUUGUGGUACCUAGUGUUCGACGCAGUGGAGGCCUUGCUUUGCUUUGGAUGGAGGAGAUUGAUUUGCACAUCCAAACCUUCACUUUAAACCAUAUUGAUGCUCUCAUAAUGGAUGAUCCAGCAAACCAUUGGCGAUUGACAGGAUUCUAUGGUUGGCCAGAGGAACAAAGGAAGCAAGAAUCAUGGCAACUCCUAAAACACCUCCACUCUAGACACUCCGUCCCAUGGCUUUGCUUUGGGGAUUUCAAUGAAAUCCUUCAAUCAGAAGAGAAACAAGGCGGAUUGCCUAAACCAUUGGCCCCCAUGCUGAAUUUUCGGGAAGCUCUUUUGUAUUGUGGGUUGGUGGAUUUGGGUUACCAGGGUAAUAUGUUUACAUGGACUAAUGGGCGUGAUGAUUUAGUGCAGGAACGAUUGGAUAGGGCAUGCGCCACGAUUGAAUGGAGGGAUAAAUUUGCUCAAGUGCAAGUCACUCACCUUGAGGCAUCUUAUUCGGACCAUAACCCAAUUCUUGUCACUACUCACAUUCGGCCUCACCCCACCUUGAAGAAGAAGAUACCACACAGAUUUGAGGAGAGAUGGGCCACUCACCCUGACUGUGAAAAUAUCAUACAGAUGGCAUGGGACUCAAUUGUACCGAAUGGAAGCCCAAUGGCGAAGCUGUUUGAAAAAAUAAAAAGAUGUCGUUUUGCCCUUGUUGAUUGGAGUCGAAUUACCUUUGGACUCUCAAAACCACAAUUGCAGGAAAAACAAAAAAUCUUGGAAGAGUUGUGCAUACAGAACAGAGCCGAGAAUGUAAGAACCAUCAAAAGCCUUAAGGCCGAAAUUACAAACAUUAUCCACCAAGAUGAGCUUUUUUGGCGACAAAGAUCCCGAUCAAUUUGGCUACCUGCUGGAGACAAGAACACAAAAUAUUUUCACAACCGUGCUAGCCAACGCCGAAGAAAGAACCAUAUCUCUGGAGUGUUUGAUUCUGAUGAGAGAUGGUGCACUUCUGAUGAGCAAAUUGCCAAAGUAGCCGAAUUUUACUUCCAAGAAUUGUUCUCCACGGCCCACCCACAAAACAUGGAGAGUGUCUUACAAUCAGUUCAACGAAAAGUCACCCCACACAUGAAUGAGAGCCUAACCCGUCCAUACACUGCUGAUGAAGUCAGAUUGGCCCUUUUUCAGAUGCACCCAUCAAAAUCACCCGGACCGGAUGGUAUGUCCCCUUUUUUCUUUCAGAAAUAUUGGCAUAUUAUAGGCAAUGAUGUUACUGAAGCUAUUUUAUCUUUUUUACGAUCUGCCCAUAUGUUGAAAAAAAUGAACCACACACAUAUUGUCUUGAUCCCAAAAAAGAAAGACCCAAAAUACCUGGCAGACUAUAGACCCAUUAGCUUGAGCAAUGUUGUGUCUCGGAUAAUUUCAAAAGUUAUUGCUAAUCGAUUGAAGCUUAUCUUGCCUAAUGUGAUUUCUGACUCUCAGAGUGCCUUUGUGCCAAACCGUCUUAUUACUGAUAAUACAACAGUUGCCUAUGAGAUUCUACACAGAAUGAGAAACAGAAGAAGAGGGAAAGUGGGCCAAAUGGCGGUUAAGCUGGACAUUAGUAAAGCCUAUGAUCGGGUAGAGUGGUCUUUUUUGCAGGGUAUUAUGCAGAAAUUGGGAUUUGAUCCAAGAUGGGUGAACUUGGCCAUGGAGACAGUCACUACAGCUUCUUAUUCAGUCUUCAUCAAUGGGGAGCCCAAGGGGUGGAUCACUCAAUCUAGGGGUAUUAGGCAAGGAGACCCACUAUCUCCUUACCUUUUCCUCUUGUGUGCAGAAGGCCUCACAGCACUAUUGAAUAAGGCAGUUGAGAAUCGGCUGGUAAAUGGAAUUAUGUCUAGCCAAAAUGGGGUGUGUAUCUCCCACCUCCUUUUUGCAGACGAUAGUUUACUAUUUUGUAAAGCCACGGUUGGAGAGUGUCAACAACUUUUGAGUAUUCUUGGCCAAUAUGAGGCUGCAUCGGGACAAGCAAUCAAUCGCCAAAAAACCUCCCUAUUUUUUAGCAAGAACACAAAUCCGGAAAUACGGAGAUUGAUCCAACAACAAAUGGGGGCUAGAGUAAUGACCAAUACUGACAAAUACCUUGGUCUACCAAUGACUUGUGGUAAAUCAAAGGUAAACACCUUCAAAGAACUAGAAGAAAAAAUUUCCAAGCGUGUGUUGGGGUGGAAGGAGAAGUUUAUAUCAAAGGCAGGCCGGGAGGUCCUUAUAAAAACAGUGGCACAAGCAAUCCCCACAUACGCCAUGAGCCUUUUUAAGCUUCCCAAAACCAUGUGUGACUCCAUCAAUUCCUUGCUAGCAAAAUAUUGGUGGGGACAAAACAAGGAAGAGAGAAAGAUCCAUUGGGUUAAUUGGAAAAAACUAUGCACAAGCAAGCAGGAAGGGGGGAUGGGUUUUAGAGAUUUGCACUCUUUCAACUUGGCUAUGCUCUCAAAGCAAGCAUGGAGACUAACCCAAGACACAAAUUCCCUGUUUUACAAGGUGUAUAAGGCGCGGUACUUCCCUAAUUGUUCAUUCAUGACAGCUCAAUUGGGGAGCAACCCGUCCUUUGUUUGGAGAAGCCUACUAGCAGCAAGAGACAUCAUCUUCAAUGGAUCAAAGUGGCGGGUGGGAGACGGCAAAACAGUGGGGGUCUACUCUCAUAAAUGGCUGUCUCACCCUCCAAUUCCUCUGAAUGAACAAGCCCAAGACAUGAAGGUCUGUGAGCUCUUGGAUGUUCAGUCUCGGCAAUGGGACAGGGGAAAAAUAGAGACUUUGUUUGCACCAAGGACAAGGCAGGAAAUUCUGGCAAUACCGUUGGACCACCUCAACUCUCCGGACUUGCUGGUUUGGACAGAAAAUGCAGCUGCGAAGUUCACUGUUAAAACUGCUUACCAACUUGCACUCCGCUUGACUAAGCAACCAUGGGCAGAACACUCUCUCAGCCGUGCCUAUAAGCCUAUUUGGAGCGGAAUCUGGGCACUCAACGUACCACCCAAAGUCCGAACGUUUUUAUGGAGAGCUUGCUCCAAUUGUCUUCCAACCAGGGAAAAUCUCCAUAGACGCCGAGUUCGAGUGGAUACCAGAUGUGAUCUCUGUCAUUACCGGUCCGAGAACACAAGCCACAUCUUAUGGGAAUGCCCAUUUGCACAAAAUGUGUGGGCAUUGAUGAGUAGCCGAAUCCAAAAAUGCAGAAACAUGGCUGACGACUUCUUCCAAUUAUUCAGAAUGGUGCGCGACAGACUCACCCAACGAGACCUUGAGCAAUGGGCAACUACGGCGUGGUCAAUUUGGAAUGCAAGAAACAGGUUCUACUUUGAGCAUGUCCAACUCCAACCAAAAGCAAUUGUUGAUGUCGCUUGCGGACUACUAGAGGAGUACCAACGGCUCAUGAAUAUACAGUAA